GAGCAACUUCAUACACAAAAGACCAUAAUGUCCAUUAACUGGAACUAAUAGGCGAUAAAUGGCAGUUCCAAAGAGCAAGAGGACCAGAUCAAAGAUUAAACAAAGAACAAAUAUCAUUUUUUUCGAUCAACUCUGCGGAAAUUGGCGCAGAAGAAGGGAAUGGUUCUAUCGACGUUUAUCUCUUGAAAAGUUUCUUCCCAAGAGCUCAGAUUGCAUAACCUCGGAGCCCAGACCAAUUUUAUUCCCGGGAUUCUGGUCUAAUAGUUUUGUGCCAAGGCUACUCAACGGCAUUAAAAAGGUCCCCAAGUAGAGGAGCAGUUCCUCUUUCCAACAUUUUGGGCAGCAAACAAGAUAUUUAAAGUUAAAUUAAUCUGUAACAUAGGGGAGUGAAGGGAUACUCCCAAAGUGUGUUAGAUAAGACGCCUGUACGUUGACUCGUUGGUGGGGAGUUGCUAUCAGUCUCUACUUUUUACAAUGAUAACGAGCGGGUCUCUUAGGACUGCCGUUUCCAAGUUUUCAACUCUGAGAUCGCAAGGCGUCAACGCCUACCAGAGACGCUGGCUGGGCCAGGCCCCCCGUGGCAAAAACGUUGAAGAUUUUGACACGGCAUGGGAAGAGGCAAAAAAGUUGUUUUAUAAGCCAGCUCUGAGCUAUCAAGAGUUUGCAAAGCGUGCAGAGGCACUGCGUAUGUUUGUAUUUUGGGGUUUUGUGACUUUUGCUGCGGUCGAUCUUGCUAUACAUCCUCCAGAGAGCAGCUAUUGGGGAGGGGCAUUAUUCUCAAACUUUAAGCGCAGGUUUUCCAAGAGCGAGGAUGGACACAAACUUCCUUUUCUUGGAAGUGAUAACAUGACUAGCGCAUCACGCGAAUAUCAUCGCGUUUGUAACAUUUAG